AUGCAUGUGAAUGCUCCCGAAGCUUGUAAGCUGUAUCAGCUAGAGGGAAAGACGAGUUCUGGUGUGCUGUAUCAAAAUAAAAAAGCUGAUUGUCUAGUAGAUCAAGAGAUUUCUAUACAAGAAAUUCGACACAAAUCCAGUGACUACCCUCACAGAGUUGCAAAAUAUCCAGAAAACAGAAAUCGAAACAGAUACAGAGAUGUUAGUCCGUAUGAUCAUAGUCGUGUAAAACUGCAGAACACCGAGAAUGACUAUAUCAAUGCCAGCCUAGUGGUCAUAGAAGAAGCCCAGAGAUACUAUAUUUUAACACAGGGUCCACUACCUAAUACAUGUUGUCAUUUUUGGCUAAUGGUAUGGCAACAACAAACCAAAGCAGUUGUCAUGCUGAACAGGAUUGUCGAAAAAGAGUCGGUGAAGUGUGCACAGUACUGGCCAACAAAAGAAGAGGAAGUUAUGACAUUCAGUGAAACAGGUUUCCGUGUGAGGCUAGUAUCUGAAGACGUCAAAUCCUAUUACACAGUACAUCUACUGCAGUUAGAAAAUAUCAACGACCAACCAUCCUUUUAUCUUAAAAAUUAAGCACUUUGACAAUUUAAUCAAGUUAAGCUCAGAAAAAUUGUUCCUGGCCUGAGCUUGGGUUGGAAUUUGCUGCUUCUGUUUCAGAGCUGAAGACAGGAUUGAAGAGCUUGUCUGUUUGUUCCAGC